GAUUCUUCGCUUUUUUUCCACAAACACUCUCUCUCAUCUUGACCCUUUGACUCUUUCUUAUUAUUUCAUUCGUUUUCUUCCUCGCUUACCAAAUUCUCAUUUCCUCUUCACCAAAUUUCCUCUCCACCAAAUUUCCUCUCUUUUUCUCGCUAGACAAACAAGGUUAAACAAUCGUAGCCCAAGCUAUCAGAACAGCUAACCCUAAAUCUCUCUGGUGUUUGGGGAAGGAUUCGUCGGUGGUCAACAAUGGCGACGGCGGCUCCUAGGAUUACCUCCUGGGUGUUUACGCUCUGUGUUUCUCUAACCCUAGCUCCAUUCGUUAGUGGAAACUCCGAAGGAGACGCGCUUUACACACUGCGGAAAAGCCUCUCCGAUCCAGAUAACGUCCUUCAGAGCUGGGAUCCGACUCUCGUCAACCCUUGCACUUGGUUUCACAUCACUUGCAACCAGGAUAAUCGCGUUACUCGAGUGGAUUUAGGAAAUUCAAAUUUGUCGGGGCAUUUGGUUCCUGAACUUGGGAAGCUUGAGCAUCUGCAGUAUCUGGAACUCUACAAAAACAACAUUCAAGGUACCAUUCCGUCUGAGCUUGGUAACCUAAAGAGCCUCAUUAGCCUGGACUUGUACAACAACAACAUCUCUGGGACCAUUCCAUCCUCAAUGGGAAAAUUGAAAUCACUUGUGUUUUUACGUCUCAAUGACAACCGUUUAACUGGACCAGUUCCCAGAGAUCUCAUUGGCAUUUCAAGCCUCAAAGUUGUGGAUGUCUCAAACAAUGAUUUGUGUGGAACAAUUCCUACCAGUGGACCAUUUGAGCACAUUCCUUUAAACAACUUUGAGAACAACCCUCGACUCGAAGGUCCAGAGUUAUUGGGGCUCGCCACUUAUGACACAAACUGUUCAUGAAGAAGGAUUCAUUAAGCUGACUCUGGUAUGGAUUUAGGUGUUUUACUCUUCAAAGCUGAAAAUGUUUUUUUUUUACUUCACAAUGUAAUGGGAUAGGAUAUAAAUUUCAUUCCCUCAAUAUAAGAAUAUGUAAAUUUAAAUCUGAUGAUACUACUACAAUGCCAAUGUAUUUGUAACUGUUCUAUUGUCUUCCUAAGCUAAGACAUCGAAUUUGUACUUUGCAAUAUUAGUGAAAAGUAUUUGUCAUGCA